GAAAGAGUGCCAGAAGGCAACUCAGAGGAGAUAAAGAGCAGAAGGAGCCAGCCAUUAGAAUGGCUAAAAAAGGCACGCCGCCUGGAAAGGAGAGUAAAAUUACCACAGGCAGAAAUGGACUUUCUAAAGACACUUCAAUGCAACAAAGGGCUGUCAUUAACAAGACCCACAGCAAGAGUAGAAAGACGACAAGCGACAAGGCGAGUGACACUGAGGAGGAAUCUGAGAGUGAUGAAGGAAGCUCUGCAGAGGAAACAGAAGAGGCUACUGAGAAAGAGGAGCAGAACAGUGACGAGGAGGCGGCUGAGAAGCAGAGGAGUCCGGACGAGGCGGAAGCAUCAGACGCUGACAGAGGCACUGAACAAACAGCCAGUGAAGAUUGCGACAAGGCCAGUUCAGAGAAGAUCAAGUCAGAGAGUGACUCAGAGGUAAAUGCGAGUGGAAAAGAAGAACAUGACGAAAAGGAUGGGGAGGAUACAUCCCAAGUUGCCAACGACAAAGCUGGAAGCGGAAAAGAAAGUGAAGACGAGCCUUUGAAAAAGCCAAGCACUACCGGAGCCCGCAGACGUCAUAGACAAGCGCCCCGCUCCAAGAAGCCCAUACAGGAGGCGAGAAACAAGAUGUUCAAAAAGACCAAGGCAGAUAAGAAGGCUGAGAAGGAAGAAAAAAAGAGAGCUAAACAAGAGAAGCAGAGGCAAGAGAAGGAAGCAAAGCAAAAAGCAAAGGAGGAAAAAAAGAACAAAAAGAAACAAGAGAAAGUUGCACCAGAGAUAAUAGAGAGUGAAACGGCAACUAAUCCUUUGGAGGAUACAGAGAAAGAGUUGUCAGCUCAGUCAGAUCCAGAAGAGGAAGAAGAGGAGCUCACGUUGACCAAAGCCAUGAAAGGCCAAAGCAGGAUAAUGCUUCUGAAAGCAAAAGGCAAAGAUCUCAAGAACUUCUUGGAACCUGAACGAGACAAACCAGGACAACAGAAAGGGAAGUCAAACAAAACAGCAAGCUCUGAUGAGGAUACGGUUCUGAAUGAAAGCCUGGAGGGGAGGUCUAACAAGUCCGAAGAGCAGUUGAUAGGUCGAAAGAAAGAGGUGACAACUUUUCGCAAGGUGUCAGGUUGGAUUCAGAAAAAGAUGCCACGUGGAUUUAAUUUCAGAAAGAAAAUAUCUGCGUGGACAAAAGCCAUUGGGGCCUCACGAUGGCUUUCGCUGAGGGCCCUUAAACAGAGACAAGGCGCCCGGAAGUCCAAGGGAACUGCACUCAAACAUCGGAUGAGGGUGGCCAGUAAAACUAGCCUGGUGGGCAGGAAAACAAAGUGCUCUGAAGACAGAAGGAAAACUGAUCAGGAGCCAGAGAUGACGGUUGAAGUGAAAGAUGUGGAGGCCAAGUUUGCUGUGGUGCUUCCAAGGAUGAACAAAUUAAGCAAGAUGAACACGACCCUGAAGCCACAGGUGACACCAGAACCUUCAGAAACGACUGCAUCAUCUCUCUCUGCAGAGCCUAAGCCUCCCCAGCCUGGAGCCAGACUUGUCCUUCCAGUUAAGCCUGACCUCAACCUUCUCAAGUCUAUAAAGAAUCCCAGACAAGGACUGUUGCUGUCUGGUGUUUCUGGAACCAGGAGCCCCUCCGAAGCAAGUGCAGGAGCAGCUGCCAUUGAGCAGACAUCCAAUACUGAAGAUGCAAGUAACGGGGAAAAUCCCAAUGGGGUCAGUGUACUACAGGCUGCGAGAGGAAAGCUUGGAACUACCCAGAUCGAUCUGAACAAAAUGUCUCUCUCAGUGGGGACCAUAGGAGUCAGAAAGGCUCAGGUUAAGAAGGCUGAUCCAGAAAGAGCAGCUGCAGCUGAGACGUCCAGUUCUGUAGCUCAGGUCAUCACAAGGGACACAGAGGGAUUGGCCUCAGGCGCUCGGUCUCUGUUUGAAGAAGAGGCGGACAGAGAGGUGGCCCAGCUGAUGGGAGAAUGUCUGCACUGGGCAGGGAACCCACGAAUGAGCGGUGACCCUCAGGACUGGAUUCGAGCCGAGAACCUGCUACCACACCAGACUGUCGAGAAGUUGACCAAGUGGACGGUGUAUGAUGAUAGUGGGCAAGUCAGGUCUGUUCCUGCCCACAACGGCAGGGGACCGUGGGAAUCAGAAGACCCCGGGCAGGACAUGCUGGAAAGUCGACUGAUGAGCACACAGGUCGUGAUGCGUGGCACCAAAAGUGCCGUCGAAGUGGACGAGGUGGAAGAUCUUUCACAGCUCGAGGAAGUGUGUGAGAGCUCAGUGCUGCUGAAUCUAAAGAAGAGGUUUCAUCGUGACUGCAUUUAUACUUACAUAGGAAACAUGCUGCUGUCCGUGAACCCCUUCAAGCCCUUGAACAUUUACACUGAGGAACUGAGAAUGAAGUACUUGGGAAAGGAGCAGCGCAGGAACCCACCUCACGUGUAUGCUGUCGCUGAUUCAGCCUUUGGCCUGUCCCAGGCCUCCAACCAGGAACAGUGCAUCAUCGUCAGGUCCAAUGAUGGCCAGAGCGGCUCUGGGAAGACGGAAGUUACAAAGCUGAUAGUCCACUACCUCAGCUCUAUGCAUCAAGGAAGAAAGGACAAUAUCCGUCAGCCCAUGGAGGUGUUUCCCAUUCUGGAGAGCUUUGGAAAUGCCAAAACCAUCCUUAAUAACAACUCCAGCCGUUUUGGAAAAUACCUCCACAUCCACAUCCUCCAUGGGGUUGUUGUAGGGACCUCAAUGUCCAGAUAUCUCCUUGAGAAGUCCAGGGUUGUCUUUCAGGCAAAUGAAGAGAGAAACUACCAUGUCUUCUAUGAGCUUCUGGCAGGCAUGAAUAACUGGGACAAGCAGGAACUCUACCUGCAGGGCCCUGAGACAUACUACUACCUGAACCAGGGUGGUGCUUGUGAAUUAAAGGGGAAGCAGGACAAACAGGACUUUCACCUUCUAGUCCAGUGCUUUGAGAUCAUCGGUCUCCACGCUGACCAGAUAUCCACAAUCUGGUCUGUUCUGUCUUCAAUUUUACAGCUUGGGAAUAUCUGCUUCAGCUCCUAUGAAAGCGAGUCCUUCGAAGUUGCUCGGAUCUUCAGCGAGGCUGAGGCCAGAAGGGUGGGCUCCUUGCUUCAGAUUUCGUCCGAGGCUUUGCAGACCGUCAUCACACACAGAGUCACAGAGACGACCUAUGACAGAAUCUACUGCCCCCUAUCUGUGGAGAGUGCCAUUGAAUCACGAGAUGCCAUCGCCAAAGCUCUGUACUCAGUCCUCUUUGACUGGCUGCUGGAGCAGAUCAAUGAGUGGCUCAGUCCCAAUGAGAUGGACAGCUCAGUGGGGAUAGUGGACAUCUAUGGGUUUGAGGACCUCGCGGUGAACAGUUUCGAGCAGCUGUGUAUAAACUUUGCCAAUGAAGCACUGCAGCACUUUGUCCACAAGGCCGUCAUUUCCCAGGAGCAGGCAGAAUACAGUACAGAGCAGAUCCAGUGGUACCCAAUGCCAGUCAAGGACUUUCACUCGUGCCUGGAGCUCAUUUCUGCCAGGCCUCAUGGAAUACUCCGUAUUCUGGAUGACCAAACCUGGCUCCCUCAAGCCACUGACCAUACCUUCCUCCAGAAGUGCCACUAUCACCAUGGCAACAGCCCUUACUAUGCCAAGCCCAAGAACCCAGUGCCAGUCUUCACCAUCUACCACUAUGCAGGAGCUGUCACCUACCAGGUGCAUAACUUUCUUAACAAGAACCAUGAUCAGUUCAGGACCGAAGUGGUGGAGCUGUUCGCUCGCAGUCGGCUAAAGAUGGUGUCAGAGUUGUUCCGGAAAGUCCAGGAUCGAUACAUUCAGCAGAGAGAGUUGGGAUGGAGAGGGAAGGGUCUCCGGCAGCAGCCGUCCACCGCUGCAUCCCAUUUCCUCCAGUCACUGACGGAGCUCACCACCCGCCUGGAGAGAUGCAGAACCACAUUUAUUCGCUGUCUGAAGCCAAACUACAUCAAGCUUCCAGGGAUGUUUGACCUGGACUACGUCUCAGCCCAGCUGAAGCAUGCUGGGAUGUUGGAGACCAUCCACAUCAGAAAAGAGGGGUUCCCCAUCAGAAUACAGUACUCUUUCUUCAUUGAGCGUUAUGGGGUGUUGCUGACUCAGAGAGGGACUGAAGUGACAGAUAAAGAUCAUGCUGUAGCUCUACUGGCCAUGGUAGGUGCAGAAGAAGGACAAUACCAGCUGGGACUUACCAAGGUAUUUCUUAAGGAGGUCCUAUACCAGCAGCUGGAGGAGAAGUGGAAUAGCACCCAGACGUGGGCUGCUAUCACCAUUCAGAGAAACAUCAGGGGCUUUCUAUGCAGGAGGAACUUCAAAUUCUUCAAGCAGAAAGCAAUCAUCAUCCAGAGUCACAUCCGAGGGCACCAGGCGAGGAAGCAUUACAAGCGACUGAAGCAGUCAUUCAACCAGUUCUGGGCAGUGAUGAUGAUAACCAGGAGCACCAUUAAGAGGCGCCACUGGAGGACGGAAUUUCAGGAGCGAAGCAAAGUAAAAUCUGCGACGAGAAGUCACACGUCCGUCGCUCCAGCCAUGGAUGUGGGAACGCUGGAGAUUCCGGCUGAGCUCUCAGCCAGGAUCCGGAGUGCGUCAGCGUUUGGGCAGACCGCAGCCAUGGUCACCGAGGUUAUGCCUCCGCAGGUGAAGUCCGAACGCAAAACGACGCUGCCUGUGGACAUCAACAGAUUUCCGUUCUCUCGCUUUGUCAAGGCAAUGUUAAAGGACACAUGGAGCCAACCUCAGGGAUACCCUCUCCAGAGACCCCUCACACAUCUGGAGUCUGAAGACGCCAAAACUGCUCUGCAACUGUACAAACUGAUUUUGCGGUUUACAGGCGAGUCAGACCUCAGCAAUGCACAACAGCAGGUCCUGGGUAACUACAUCAUUGAGAAAGGUCAAAGCCAUCCUGCUCUCAGAGAUGAGAUCCUGGUCCAGUUGGCCUAUUACACCUGGGGGCUCAGAAAUACAGAGGAAUGUUUGAGAGGAUGGCUGCUUCUCUCCUCCUGUCUCAGUGCCUUCACUCCAUCACCCCCACUGGAGAAGCAUCUGCUCAAAUAUGUAUCAGAUCAGAGCCCGAUGGAGUACCGUUCGCUGUGCCAACACAAACUGCUCACCGCCCUCCAGCUGCCAGCCCCGGCAUGCCGUGUCUACCCCCCAACAGAGCUGGAGUGGACCGCCAACCAGAGGCGAGGUGCCAUGCUGCUGGACGUCCACACCUACAAUGACGAACAGUUCACUGCUGAGGUGGAGUCAUGGACCACAGGGGAGGAAUUGGCCUCGUGGCUCCUCCAUUACAGGGGUGUAUCAGAAGCCGUGCAGGGAUGGUCCGUGUCUCUCCUGACUGAUGAUGGUUGGUUGGAUCUGCUUGGCUCCGAUUUUGUGAUGGACCUGCUGGCUGGAGCAGAGGAGCUGCCACUACCUGGGACUCCAUCCUCUGCCAACUCAGACUACCUUUUCAGCAACCAAAGUGACAGGAUGCCUAUGAGGGAUGACGACGAUUACAUGCCACCUGCACCAUCCAUGCAAGCUCCAAGAUUGGAUGGACACCCCUGGGGUGGAGAUUAUCCACAGGAAGGGCGGGGCCGACAGAUGGAGGCAUAUGUUGACGAACUGUUUGACUCUGUACACGAACCAGGAACACCGGACAUGGACAGAGUGGCCAUGCUCACCCGCAGGAUGAGAGGUGCAGGAGGAAUACCCAUGCAGCCUGCCAUGUACACAACUGGUAUGCCUGUAACAAUGGCAAGCUAUCCAGUUGGAAUGGCAGUCCCCCCUCAAAUGCCCAACUAUGGUGUCAGCCCUAUGGUGCCUACAGCCAUGCCAGCCAUGAUGGUCCCUGCACCCCCAGCGACGGAUCCCAUACAGCAAGCUGUCAUCAACCAGCAAGCACUUCUCUUGGCCCAACAGAUGACUCAGCAAGCGAUGACCCUGAGUCAGCAGCAGGUAAAGGAGCAUCAGAAAAAGGAACAGCUUCAAAGAAGGACUUCAGGGCCCAAAACCAGAGAGCGCUCUCUGUCUCCUCCCCCUCGGUCACCAAGAUCAACCCAGCUACAGGUUCCUACACCUGAUCGUGUCCACCGUCAAAGGUCACCUGAUCGCACCCCAAGUUUCAGAUUAGCAGAGCCACUGUCAGACAGUGAGGAGGAGCUGCACCCUGAUGAUCCACAGACAUUUGACGAAAAGAGAGAAUACUUUCAAAAAAUUGGCAGGAGAUCUCGACGCAGAUCUAAACCUCGUUCAUCAGCCUCUCCAGCCAGACGAUGGUCACCCCCAUCUCCUCCUCCACCUACUGCUCCCAAACCGGCAGUGAAGAGGCCACCUACACCUCCAAAAACACCCAAUAAACCAAGGCCCACUGUCUCUCCUCUUCCCAAGGAACGUCCAGAGCCAACCAGGAAUAUUCAUCUCAUUAUCAAGGAGUUUAACAGUCGACCUCCGCCAGAGCCGAGAAACUUUGAACCCAUCCGACAUGGGAGAGGUCAUUUUAUUAAGAAGAAUGACCCAAAAAAAGAAGCUCUGGAAAAGCUCAGAAACGUCUCAGGAGUGCCAGAGCAGAACAAACAUAAGCCCCCUUCACCGUCUGCCAGUCCCCAGUCUGCUCCUUUCAGCCCUAAUGGCAGAGUCAUCUCCAACAGCAUGAGGCUGAGGCAGCAGUCUUUGGAAAAUCUGUUUGAAUCACGCGCCAAGAAAGCAUCUGUUCCGCCUCCCCAAAUCCCGCCACCACCACCGCCACCUCCCCCGCCACCACCACAGCAAGCGCCCGAACUCCUCGACAUCCCCUUGCCUCCCACCACACCUGCACCGACCCUGAGUGGGUGGAGAGAUACAGGAGCCGAACCUGUUUCACCGCGAACAUUAGAUGUGAUGCCAGAGGAAGAGACGGUCACCUCCAAGCUCUUCAACUUCUCUGCUGGGGUCCACUUCUCCUUCUCCAAAAUGCCUGGGAAAGUGAUCAUGCGCAAAGAGGUGUUCUAUCCAAAAGACAUGUUCAACCAGCCCUACAUCCUCAAUCUGUUGUGUGAGCAGAUCAUGAAGGACACAUACUCUGAGAGCUGCAUGAGAAUUAGCAAAGAGGAAAAGCGGAAGAUGAAAGACCUCCUUGCCAACUUUAAUGUGGGGACAAGCAUCAGCAAUAUCCAGGACGACAACAUGAAGAAGAGAAUAGUCAUGGCUGCCCGAGACAACUGGGAAAAUUACUUCUCUCGUCUGUUUCCAGUGAAAGCAGAGAGCAUUGAUGCCGAGGUGCUUGGUGUGUCCCACCGCGGCAUCCGUCUCCUGAAGGUGGUCAAACCCUCUGGCAUCACACCCAAACACCUACGUGUCCUCCGAAGCCACGGUUUUGCAGAAUUGCUGUCAGUUGACCUGCUCGGUCCACAGACAGUGGUUCUGGAGCUAAAGAAUGAAAAACUGGAGGUGCAAUCUUCACGUGCUCCUCAAAUCAAAGCCCUGGUGGAUUACUUCCUCCAAGAGCUCACGAAGGACUCUGGUCACGUGAUUGCUUUGAGGAGUUUCAUCUCUGAUGAUAAAAGUCUGCUCAGCUUCAGCAAAGGUGACAUUAUCAAACUGCUCCCAAUGACAGGCCUCCAGACUGGGUGGCUGUUUGGCACCCUUGGAGGACGCUCAGGUCUUUUCCCGGAGGACCACACAAAACCCUCUGCAGCUCCAGACUACCAUUACAUGAACCUUGAUCGCAGAGAGGAACGGAGGAGAAGCAUGAGAAUGGCUCGACCAGCCACACUGCCACAAGCUGGCGCUGAAUACGAGCCGUUCCAGAGAUAUGCAUCCAGCCCCUCCCCAGGCUCUGACUCUGAAUUCAGCAACAUGCCACCCAUGGAGAGAUUUGCUAUGAAACACUUCAGAGUGGGGAACGCAGGGCUGCCGACCGAUGGCAAAGAAAUUUCCACUGCGGUUCAGUUCACCCCGGUGGCGAUCCAGCAGUCCCUCAUUUCCUACAAAGAUACUGAAAUGAGUGAUUUAUCAGUCAAGUGCUUUGCCACCAUCAUGCAGUUUAUGGGUGACAUGCCCAUGAAGAAGAAGAACACUCAAGCCUCCUGUCUCAGAAAGAUUCUCCUGCUUGGCAAGGAGAAGGAGGUGCUGCGGGAUGAGAUCUACUGCCAGGUAGUCAAGCAAACCACCAACAACCCAAACAAGACCGGUUGCACUCAGGGCUGGCGCCUGCUUGGUCAGGUUACAGGCUUUUUCGCCCUGUCUGUACGCCUUCUACCUUUCUUCACAAGCCACCUGAGGAACAUCUCUCAAGAUUAUGACCACCCAUACCAAGUUCUGGCGGGUGUCUGUCUGGAAAACCUCCAGCGAACUCUUGAGGUCGGUGGUCGACGAAACAUACCCUCCCCAGUGGAGACUGAAGCCAUCCUGACCGGCAAGACAUCACGGAGGAUUCCAUUCCAGCUCCCAGGCGGGAUGGACUACCCUGUAAAGAUUCAUAGCUUUAGUCUCACUGUGGAUGUCAUCCAAGAGUUCUGCAAUGACAUGGGCGUCUCACAUCCAGAAGAAGUCAAAGAAUUUGCUGUCGUUGUCCAGCAAAAUCAAGGUGAAGUCGUCCGUCCUCUCCAUGCUGAUGAAUACCCCAUGGACUUUGUGCUGGAUGACAACUCCAUCAUCCUGUCGCUGAAAAGACUCACAUGGAUGACUCCACUGACUUACCACACCAAUCUCUAUGUGGACUUCCACUUCCAUCAGCUUCUCCAAGACUACCUGGCAGGGAAGAAUCUGCCACCGUCUUUUUCAGUCCAGCAGAUGGCAGUGUUGGCUGCUCUGCAGCUCCUGUCGAAAGGAAUCGAGACGCCCCCUCCUAAGUCCAAUGAGAUAAAGGAGUGUCUGCCUGCACAGGAGAGGGUCAGUGCUAGAGUGGGUCAGGUCCACAAACUGCUUGGGGGUUCUAUGAAGUCCCUCAGUCCUCAAGAUGCCAAAAUACAAUUCAUUGAGACAAUCAGACAACUGCCGCUGUUUGGUUCCAACUCCUUCUUGGCUCAGAGGGUCCAUGGCGUCGUCUGUCCGUCUCCCUGCUUAGUCACUGUCAGUCCAGAAGGGGUUCUGUUUCUGCAACCUGAAACACAGGCAAGAGUCUUCCUGAUUCCUCUGGUUGAAAUUCUGUCCAUGCAAACCCACCGCCCUAAAAACCGCAGCAAAGUGCCAUCAUUGGGAAUCACCUACUGCAGAGCGGGCGUGAACAAAACUGUCACCGUUCAUCUCAAGCAGGCCAAGGAGAUGUGCCAUACCCUGGUUUGCAUCAUGAGUUGAUUUGUCUCCGGUUCCAGCAAGGCUCCUAAGCAGAUGCAUGUUGAUAAAGGAAUGUUGAAGUGAUCACUGACUCCUGUAUUUGCAUAUGAAUCACUGCUCACUGGUGUCUGUCCUGGCUGCAUGAUUUUCAAUCAAUAUUUAAGAAAGCAACAUGGUUUAUUUGGAAAAUCAAUC